AAUCUGACCAAUGAGCGAACAGCUGUGUUCCUAUAUAUUCUGGUGAGAACGCUGAUUGAAUUACUUUCUUCUUAGUCUCAAAAAAUACCUUUAUUGAAAAUGUCUGGCCGCGGAAAAGGUGCAGCAAAGACCAGGGCGAAGGCCAAGACCCGCUCCUCCCGUGCCGGGCUCCAGUUCCCCGUCGGCCGUGUGCACAGGCAUCUGAGAAAGGGUAACUACGCCCAGCGUGUCGGUGCCGGAGCCCCGGUGUACCUGGCCGCUGUGCUGGAGUACCUGACCGCUGAGAUCCUGGAGCUGGCUGGAAACGCCGCCCGGGACAACAAGAAGACCAGGAUCAUCCCCCGCCACCUGCAGCUUGCCGUCCGCAACGACGAGGAGCUCAACAAGCUGCUGGGAGGAGUGACCAUCGCUCAGGGAGGCGUGCUGCCCAACAUCCAGGCUGUGCUGCUGCCCAAGAAGACCGAGAAGGCCCCCAAGAAUAAGGUGAAAUCUAAACUAAACAUGUCAGGAAGAGGCAAGACCGGAGGAAAGGCCAGGGCGAAGGCUAAGACCCGCUCCUCCCGUGCCGGGCUCCAGUUCCCCGUCGGCCGUGUGCACAGGCAUCUGAGGAAGGGUAACUACGCCCAGCGUGUCGGUGCCGGAGCCCCGGUGUACCUGGCCGCUGUGCUGGAGUACCUGACCGCUGAGAUCCUGGAGCUGGCUGGAAACGCCGCCCGGGACAACAAGAAGACCAGGAUCAUCCCCCGCCACCUGCAGCUCGCCGUCCGCAACGACGAGGAGCUCAACAAGCUGCUGGGAGGAGUGACCAUCGCUCAGGGAGGCGUGCUGCCCAACAUCCAGGCUGUGCUGCUGCCCAAGAAGACCGAGAAGGCCCAAGAAGUGAGCACUCUCAACCUGCUUCAACAAACACUCAAAGGCUCUUUUAAGAGCCACCCACCUCCCUCUAAAAGAGAAGUGUCCUUUCAUUAACUUGUUUUGCCACUGAUCGUUAAAGUUCACCUAACAAUGAAGAGUGUCUGCUCUCUGGGGGCCACAAUACUAAACUACGUUUCCUUACAUAAAAGCAAUUUCCUUUAAUUCAUUAUGCUACAUAAAAUAAUUCACAAAACUGUUAUAUUAAAAGUGUUUAUUGUCUUUCAGUGACUGCUAUUGUAAGUCGCUGAUUUGCAUAGCGCUGCCAUAAUCCUAGAUAUUUACAUUUUGUACAUAAUGUAAUAAACAGUAUUUCACUUUACCUUAAAUAUUACAUUUGAAGUCCGUAUGCUCAGUGGUGACUCAUCAUUAGCACAGG